AAUUGUCUGCUUAACUUUUUAAAAAACAAAGAUGGCCGCCAUGAGUGGGUCUAGCAAGAACGAUGCUUUGUAUAUUUCACUUCUGGGCUUAGCAGAGAAUUUUAGAGUGUCUAAUCCACCUAAUAUAAGACUCUGCAUCCACUGCCUGCAGUCAAUCUUCAACAUUAAUCCGCCACCACUCAUCGUUUCCCGAACACACCUGCAAUUAGGAAAUAUUCUUUUGGCGCACACUAAAAACAAAGAAUUGGCCACCAGACAUUUGGAGCAAGCAUGGACAAUAUCAAUUGGAUUGCCCCCUUCAGAAGAGGUGGACUCAGUGAGGUUUGAAUCAGCGAGUGAACUGGCCACUGUGUAUGAAAAAGAUUUCCGCUUUGAAGAAGCAAAACCAGUCCUGCAGAAAGCAAUAGAAGUUUCUCAACAAUCAGCAUACUGGCAUUGCAGGCUCAUCUUCCAACUAGCACAAAUCUAUGCAAUCCAAAGAGAUCACACCUCAGCAUGUCAUUACCUUCAGGUGGGGGCGGAUUUUGCUGGAUCGGCUCAUUCCGAGUACACAAGGCUACUCUUCAUCCUGAGCAAGGGAAUGUUGCUGCUAAUAGCGAAGAAAACCACUGAAGUCCAUGAAACACUGAGUGCGGCCGGCCAGUUGAUAGAGACCUAUAAUGGCACACCCCUACAGAAGGAUUCCCUCAAAGUCUUUUUCUUUGUUCUACAAGUCUGCCAUUACCUUAUGGCUGGUCAGGUUAAAACAGUAAAGCCAGUCCUUAAGAAUCUACAGCAGAUCAUUCAGACUAUCACACAGCUUCAUACUGAUGAAGAACCUGUCCCAGCAAAUGAACUGGAUUUGUUUCAGUGGCUGCCCAUUGAGCAUAUGUGCAUUUUAGUGUAUCUGGUUACCGUGAUGCACUCAAUGCAGGCAGGACACAUGGACAAAGCUCAGAAAUACACAGACAAAGCCCUCAUGCAGAUAGAGAAGUUAAAAAUGCUGGACUCCCACCCUCUCCUGUCAGCCUUCCAACUCAUGUUGCUGGAACACAUCAUCAUGUGUCGACUGAUCAUGGGCAACAAAACACUGGCCAUUCAGGAGAUUUUCCAAGCUUGUUCAGUUUGCCAACAGCAACCACGACUUUUCACUACUCAUGGGGCACAAAUUCAUACACUAUUAGGGCUAUAUGCAAUGUCAAUGAAUUGUAUGGAGGCAGCAGAACUGCAAUUUAUUACAGCGAUUAAGAGUUCACAGGGCACAGAACUGGAAAUGUUUGUGAACCUGAACUUGGCCAUCGUGUAUCUCCGGACAAACCGUUUCCCAGAGUUCAUGACUAUUAUGGAUAAAGUGGAUCCAGAGAAAUGUCAAUCAUGCCCUCAAAGUUUACAAGCGUCUGCAUUUUAUGUCAGAGGUUUACAGACAUUUUUCCAGGCUCGAUACAAUGAAGCUAAGAGAUACCUUAGGGAAACAUUAAAGAUGGCUAACUCAGAGGACCUAAACAGAUUGACAUCUUGUUCUCUAGUGCUCCUUGGACAUAUCUUUUUAUCCCUGGGAAACAAUGCAGAGGCAUUGAAUAUGGUCACGCCUGCUAUGCAGUUGGCAGGAAAAAUAUCAGAUGUCCAUGUUCAAUUGUGGGCAUCUUCUCUCCUUAAAGAUCUGUAUGGCCUGUGUGGUGACACAGCCAAUGAGCAGGAAGGCUACAGGAUGCACAACACGUUCACACAGUCCCUGCUGAAAGAUCUCCUGCAGUCCUCACAGCUUCCAGAACACGGACUCAUUCAUUGGACUGAGGGACCUUGUCCGUUUCACUUGAACACCACACCACCUGCGAACAAUGUGAUGUGAACAUCUAAACACGAAUUCUUAACUAUGAACAACUGCAUCAUCCAAAACCAAGGACUUGUCUAGCUUAUACUUAAACUCGUUUGACCAACUUAAUCACUUUCCUGGUUGUCUUGAAUAAUUUAUUCCUUAUGCUGAUUGGCUUCUUCACACUUUCUUGGAGGAAACCUCACCAAAAAUUAGCCUGUUUUUAUGAAAUUAGUCUGAAUGAAAUCAAAAACAAUUCAGUUACUGAUAAUGUGGCCCAUGGUCAGCAAAUGUAUGCUAUGAAGAGCAAUGGAACAACCAACGAUAGUUUUUGUUGCAUCAUUCUCAUGAAUUAUUAGUUUUCUUUGAUUUCCAAAACAUUUCUGUUUUAAGCAAUUAAAUGAUAUAGAGUUUAUGGUAUGUGAAAAUUGCAGUUGUUUUAUGAAUCCUCGUGUAAUUUUAUCGUUAUACUCUUUGGAAUGAUAAAUCAAGCUUCAAUUGCUAACACUUUAUAAACUGUUAUUUAGAAAGUGUUGUGUAUCUAAUUUAUCAGUAUAUCAUGUACGUAUGUUGUAAUGUUAUGUGUUAUAGUUGUAUUUUAUGUAAGAACAAACCAUUUCCAUUUUAUAAAGCUCAUUCAGUUAUAAUUGUUCUUUGAAUAUUCAUGAUAUCUUGAUUGUAUACAGAACGUUUCAAGUGUUCAGAAGCAAAAUGGCACUCGUCUGGUAUUUUGAUAAAUUACAAGAACAACU